UACGUACUUACAUACAGUACAUACAACUCCGUUGCUAGGCCCGGUUCUUCGGCGUGUGGUUUCCAACAUUACUAAUCCCAGGGUCGCUCAUCAACGCCAUCGGUGGACCCCUAUAGCUCCGGCGCCUCGGUCGUGGACCCCGCCCCCGCGCCAACUUCAUUGUGGGUGGGAACUGUGGGAAAUUCCAUCAGUUCGAACGGAUUGGUCCAUGACACAGGGACCGGGAUUUGUUUAGUUGCAGGACAGAAGAUAGCAACUGACUUGGGACGCUGUAUAGCCCCUUCCAUCUCAUCUCGUCUCAUCAACGCAAUUACCUCCUUCUUUCCCGCCCUUCCGUCCGUUCCCUCCCUCCUCCCCGGGGACAAGCAGCCAUCCUAACCAACCGGUUAACCAUCCACCCCCCUCCACCCUUCACGCUCCCAACGAACACCACACAUACUUACGUCGACCUCACCAUGCCCAUCCCGGACCUCCCGGACCUCCCGGCCGAGGACUCGCUGCUGUCGAAAAAGUUUGGCCGCGAGACGGCCAACUACUUCUCGGGCAGCCCGCUCAACCGGCUCUCCUUCCUGCGCUCCGACGUGUCCUUCCUGCGCGCCGCCUACGCCCACCCGCGCGCCCGCUUCCUGCUGCUCCGGGACCUGGCCCCCCCGGUCCGGGCCGACGACCCGGCCCAGCUCGCCUUCGCCGGGUACGCCGACGUGGCCCCGCUGACGGGCGCCGACCCGUUCGCCCUGUCCGAGGAGGAGAUGAUUGCCCGGUUCGACUCGAGCGAGGAGCAGGUGACCAUCGUCUUCCUCGGCGUGGACGAGAAGGGCGCGCUGCCGCGGAGCGAGGCCGAGCCCGGGGACGAGUUCGGCUACAAGGGUUUCAAGGGGUCGCCGUACUUUGCCGUGGAUGUCACGCCCCGGGGCAAGAAAGCGGCCGCGGCCGAGGAGCUGAUCAAGAAGAUGACCGAGAGGGGGUUUACGUUCUACGAUAACUCGCCCCGGCACAUGGGCUUGUUGGCUGGGCAGGCGGCCAUGUACGGUCAGGCGCGCGCACUCAUCGACUGGAACGCGCGAACGCCCUUUUGCGCGCAGUGCGGGCAGCCGACACUGUCGGUGCACGCGGGCGCCAAGCGGGUGUGCCCGCCGACGGACCGGGCCGGCUGCGGCGAGGGGGAGCCGGCGCGGGAGCGGCGGGCGUGCGCGACGCGCGGGCGCGUGUCCAACCACAGCUUCCCGCGGACGGACCCGACCGUCAUCAUGGCCGUGGUCAGCGCCGACGGGACGCGGCUGCUGCUGGGCCGGCAGCGCCGCUGGCCGCCCUUCUGGUACAGCACGCUCGCCGGCUUCCAGGAGCCGGGCGAGUCGGUCGAGGAGGCGGUGCGGCGCGAGGUCUGGGAGGAGAGCGGCGUGCGCGUCGGCCGCGUCGUCCUGCACAGCUCGCAACCGUGGCCCUUCCCGGCCAGCCUGAUGAUCGGCGCCGUCGCCCAGGCGCUCCCCGGCCCCGGCGAGGACAUCUACCUCGGCCACGACGCCGAGCUCGAGAGCGCCAAGUGGUUCCCCCUCGACGAGGUCCGCAAGGCCCUGGCCACCGGCACCAGCAACCUGGGCGAGAAACCCCCCGAGGGCUACGUCGAGGGGUCGCUGAGGCUGCCGCCCCAGACCGCCAUUGCGAACCGCUUGAUCACCGCCGUCGUGGAGGGGUGGAUUCAGUCCAAGAUGUAGGGAGGGCGGGCGGUCCCGAGGGAGUCGCGGUGACUAUCUGUCAUAGACAGGGUAGAGAGAGAGAGAGAGAGAGCGUGGCGUUAUAGAACGAUGUUUUGCAAGAUUUCCUCCUCUUCUUCCUGCGGCAUAUGUGUGCGUAAAUUUUAAGUGGCGAGAAAUCCCACUGCGAGGAGAGUGACACUCGGACAAGCCAGCAAGUCAUACUC